AUGAAAGAUAUGUUAUCUGAUGUGCGUGUUAGAGGGAACAAGCCAGAAUGGAUAGGAGAUUCAGUGUGGGAGGUACUCUGCAACCAUUGGAGUUUUGAACACUUCAACAAGAUAAGUGUGCAGAAUAAGAAUAAUCGUACUUCCUCAAACAAUGGUGUUUCAUUGCAUACUGGUGACUCCGCCCCUGUCACCAAACAUGCAAGGAAAUUGGAAGAAGAGUUGAGUAGGAAGCCAACUGUAGCUGAAUUAUUUAUGCACAUGCAUAUGAAAAAGAAUAAGAUGUGGGUUGAUGCUAAAUCCGGGAUGACAUAUAUGAGUCAGUUAGAGGCAAGUCAGAGCACAGAGGAAGGAACUUCAAUUGGUGGUCAACAUGUAGAUCAGCCUCGACCAUCUGAAUUAGAUGUAUGGAGUGAAAUAGUUGGUGGGAAGAAAAAAGGGCCACAGUGGUGUCAGAUGCUUCUUCUCAGCAUUCAACUUUCUCAGUUAGAGAAGGAACAAACUGGAAGAGUUGAGUUGGCUGCUCGUCUGGAGUCAUUGUAG